UUGCGUGGGCUAGAGCAUGGGCUUGGCGUAGAGAGCGGUCGGGCUGUCAGAGCGACAGUAGUGUCAGAGUUAAGGGAGAUCAGAAAGUGCCUGUGGCUGCGCGCGCUGGGUUAGCGCGAGGUUCUCUGUCGGACUUGGAGCAAAAGAGGUACUCCGAAGCAAGUCGGAGUGAGCCAAGGAUCCUAACGCUCACAAAAAAAGAGUAAGACCAGGAAAGGUAGAACAAAAUAUCUCAACUGACUUGUGAGCAAUGCACUGGCAGCAUGGCCAAAUGGUUCAAGGAACACCUAGGAUUCAAAACUACCAAAGCACCACCUCCGGCGCCUCCAAAACCGGACUACAGACAUUGUCGACACGAAGCUGUGUCCGGUACUCCUGGCUACCAACAACCAAGCUCUGGGGCCACUUAUCCGAGCCCCGCUCAGCCGGACAUUCUUGCUGCUUACAAACUACAGAAGGAACUGGACUUCGAAGACCCGUACACACCAGGCGGAAAUAUUUCGUUUGGAACAGGCUUGAGCUCUGUGGGGUCUCCGGACAUAAAGUAUGUGUCACCAAAGCACCGGCUCAUAAAGGUGGAAACAAUCGAAAAAAGCAACUCUGCCCCGGGCAGCUGUGUUAUAGCAGCCCAAGCUGUUGCUGUAGGGAGCGUUAAAUCUCCUACCUCGCCUCCCUCGGAUCAUGAAAACAAGGAAAAGCCCAUUAUCCUAUGGCAGGAGGACUAUGCAGACCCCUUCGAUGCAGAGCAGGCCGGUGGUACACAGGCCAGUACGGAGAAGGUGACCGAGAACGACGGCUACAUGGAACCGUACGAGGCCCAGAAGAUGAUGGCAGAGAUCCGCGGAGGCCGGGGCCCCAAGGAAGGAUCCGCCAGGCAGCCGCCCCUGUACGACACGCCCUACGAGCCCGUGGAGAACGGCGGCGACUCGGACCCCGAGCGUCCCCGCUGCCCCAGAGAGAGCCGCCUGCCGCAGGACGACGACAGGCCCCCGGAGGAGUACGACCAGCCCUGGGAGUGGAAGAAGGAGAGGAUCUCCAAGGCCUUCGCAGCUCUGCUUUGUUAUGACUGCAUUAGCUACGAGGGCUCUGUAAGUGGCGGUGGAUCAGGUCCCCAGAGAAGAAAGGACUGCACCUCUAAACCCCUCACAGUCCAGUUCGAUGGGGUGGAGAAGUCUCGAAUGUCGCCCACCAAGGAGGGCAAAGGUCGCCCGGCCCAGCGUCACACCAGUGGCUGUCUGGUCAACACCAAGAUGAACUCUCUGGAUCCCUCUGCCCUGGGCGAGCGCGUUGACCCCGUCAUGCCUCUGGAAAGCCAGUUCUGGUACCACGGAGCGAUCAGCAGGACCGAUGCUGAGACUCUGCUCCGGCUGUGUAAGGAGGCCAGCUACCUGGUGAGGAACAGCGAGACCAGCAAGAACGAUUACUCCCUCUCCCUCAAGAGCAGCCAGGGCUUCAUGCAUAUGAAGCUGUCGCGGACUAAGGAGAACAAGUACAUCCUUGGUCAGAACAGCUGUCCCUUCGACAGCGUGCCUGAGAUCAUCCACUUCUACUCCAGCCGCAAGCUGCCCAUCAAGGGGGCCGAGCACAUGUCCCUGCUCUACCCUGUGGCCAUCCGGACACUUUAGAGAAAUCACUUCCUGGGUCACGAGUCGUCAGCCGCAGCCUGUCUGCUCUGGGCCAUCUCACGGCCCUCCAUGCUUCCACUCUCUGUCUGAUUGGUCACAAGGGAGUUGGAAGAAGUGGAAGCAGAGAAGAUUAAUAACGCAUACUUUUUCCUAACACACACACACAUACACGCACACACACACACAUACACACACACACACACACACAUACACACACACACACACACUGACAUUACGGACCUGCUCUUACUUCUGUCGUUCUUCAUCUCAUGAAAUGACUCACUGUCACAGAAUAUGUCAUAGAUAUGUUUUGUCAUUUUGUUUUUGUUUACUACAAACACCCAACAAUAUAGACUCAUUAUAGAUUGAUCCAAUCCCAUUGCUGUUGUAUCCUGCCAUGGCAUAGCUGACAGCCAAUAGCCAUCCUUUUCACACAAAGAUAUUUUGUUCUAUGAGUCUUAAAAACGGAACAAUUAUUGAUGUGUUUGUGGAACCUAAAAAUUGUAACAGUCAUAUAACUGAAGGGAUAUCAUGUGAGGUUGCGUGACAUUGUGCACACUGGUACUGUUACGAUGGCCAGAAUUCUUUAUCUGAACCCACCCCGUUGUCAACGAGAAACUGCAAUGCCGUUCGCUUUCCAAACGGAUGUCUCUGUCCAGUCACUGGCCAUAUUGUCUCAUAUCCAUCACUAUGUGGGUGUGCUAUGGCAGCGACAGGGUCAGGAAGGCAUUGUCUAGACAGCCAACUGUGUUUUGGAGACAAACCAGCCCUGAGUUCUCUGAGCCCAUUGGCCAGGACAGGAGAGCUCGGCCUCUGAAGGGCCAAAUUAGCCUUUCUGUCCCCCCCCCCGCCCCCCCCCCCCCCCCCGCUUCAAAAUGGCUUUGCAUCAGGAGAAUGAAAUAUGCCUGCAUUGUCUACCUCAGAAAAUCUAUUUCAUUCGCCCAUCUGCAGAUCAAUAGGUACAAUGGGAUUGCAGAUAUUGAUCCUAACCCUCCUCCCCCAACUCCAUCUCUGAUUCCCACCAAAUUGCAUCUUUGGUUUAAGACUAUGUUUUAAUGUAAACCGGUCAAUCAAAAGUUAUUUUUUUUUUAAACAAAAAAAGAAAACAAAAAAAGGAUUUUCCAGAUUCCAGCAUUUGUAUGUAUAUUCACUAUGAUAUUGUGUGAUGUCAGUAAACAAAUGUUUGGUUAAUGCCUUAUAAAUGCAUGGGUCAAAUCAGUCCAAUAGAUCAGCUGAGUUACUUUUGACGAUUGUUCUGUGACUGUAAUUUAUUAAGGGGAGAUUAUUGUUGCAAGUGUAUUACUCCUUACUCUGUGAAGGCCUCUCGUUGUUCUGUGCCAAUGUGACCGUCCUUGGACAGAGCUUGGAUACCCCAACCUCAUCAUUUGCUGUCGGUGCUCAAGCUCCAGUUCCAGUUCUUCUCCAUACGUCUGUCUGCCUCUGUGGCCUGACUCUGAGACACAAGUCGCAGUGUCUCCUGACCAAUGGGAUUGUUGAGCCUCACACAAAAGACUGCGUGGAGAUGUGCUGGGCCAAUCAGAACGCCCCGUUUUUCCAACCCAGCCUCUGUACGUUCAGCCAGAUCUGAGUAUAAUAUCUCCUCCUUUCUACUCGGUUCACUCAUGUAUGCGCAUGUGUGUGAAUGUGUGUGUGUGUAAUCGCUCCUCAUUGGUAAAGUCUUUAAGAUUUGAUCAAUAGCUUGAGGGGGUCGUUAACUAUAAUUUAUUCCUGAAACGGAGAGACAGAGACGGACACGCCCUUUAAUUGGAACCCGAUCUCUGUAGGUUCAGAUCGUUCUCUGAUAUCUGUGACGUAUGCUAAGCAGUCUCAUAACCGACGGUAGGAUCAUUCAGGUGGCAGACAGGGACGGUACAGAAUGGUUGGAAUCUAACGCUGAUUGGCUGAAUUUCACUGUUAUUUACAGAGAAGCAUACUUCAGAGGCCUGAGAAUGGCUUUUUUAGGUUGGUUGGUGAGUAGGUGAUCAGAGAGGAUUAAGGUGCACCAAAUGUGACCUUCUGGGAAGUUCAUGUGGCCGUCUGUGGGUGUCACGAGACUAGCCCGGACCUUCGUAACGGACCUGGAUGAUGUGGCUGGAGAGGAGCAAUGUAUGUUCUUGUCAGAGAGACAUUUUUGGUAAAGCAAAAUAUAUCUGUACAAAAGAAGCCCCUGUUCUAGAGAUAACAAUCCACUGUGGAAAGAUGAGGAGGCUCCUGAUUCAGUUAUUGCUGCUGACAGAAAGAUGUUACUUUAGAAAAGACCCUGAGUACAACAGCCGCCCUGCCUAGAGUAUUUCCCCCUGGAUUAAAGGAAGCAAGAGAGACAGAGGCAGAAUGAAGGGGCACUCUAGAGAACAGACGAGGGGUUUUGUCUCAAUCAGCAGACUCACUCUUCGCAUUGUUUUGUCUCUAUGGAAACCUGGAAAAGCCCUUUUCUCUCACAGAGAAGUGUCUUAGGUGUGUGUGUGUGGGUGUGGGUGAGUGAGUGGGUUUGGUUUGUGUGGGUGGGUGUGUGUAUGUGAACUGCCAUCAGCCACUGAUUUGCUCUGGGUCUCUCUGGCCACAAUCUGCCAGAGCAUUGGUUUGAAUGACUGCUUUUGUGUACAUUUUCCUCUCAUGUAUGUCUGCACUACUAUAACAUAUCUGUCCCUUAUCGCCAAAUGUAUAUACUGAAUGUAUUGUACGGGGACAUAGAGGCAUCAUGUUUCAAACUAAAUAAAGUACAGUUUAUGAGUCCAA